AUGGAGGAAACAAGAAAUUCACCCUUUUUGAAUAGCCAAGAUAGAAUCAGCAAUUUACCAGAGGACAUAAUUGAUCGCAUAAUGUCUUUCUUCGAGAUGAAAGAGGUAGUCCAAACCAGCCUAUUGUCCAGAAGAUGGAAAGAUAUGUGGACCUCGGUUUCCACUCUACACUUCGACACCCGUGCAUUCAUGAGUUCUGAAGCUAAAGAGAGCAUCCACUAUAGAGAAGAGAAGUUUGAUCUUUGUUGGGAUAAUAAAUCUAAUGACAUAGCAGAAAAUCUUGAUACAUGGAUCAUUAUUGCUUUAAAACAUAGUGUUCAACGAUUAACUAUUGAGAUAGAAUAUAACGAGGAUGUCACAUUUAGGCUUCCACGUCGUCUCUUCAAGUUUUCGUCAUUAACUUCGUUGGUACUCGAUUUUAAUGGCUCACGAGUCGUGCUUCCUGACUCAAUGUGUUUACCUCGGCUCGAAUAUUUGGACUUACGUAAGAUUAGAAUUGAUGAUGUGAAAUUACUUAAUAAGCUACUAUCAAGCUGCCCGGUUCUUGAAGAUCUUAUAUUAAAAGAUAUUGUGGCAAACAAUGAAGAUGGUGUGAGCGUCGACAUCAAGUCUUCUCAACUGAAGCACCUGAAAAUGGUCAACAAUUAUCGUACUGCUUGUAAUAUGGCUAAGAUUAUCAAGUUGACUACUCAAGGGCUCAAAUCCUUCAUUUGUAGCGACUACAUGAAACUAAAGUAUUCUCUAGGGAACCUUUCUUCUCUAGUCACCGCUAGUAUUGACAUGGCGGCGACUCACGAAAUAGAAGAAGAUCUAUAUCCUGAGCGUAUGAUAAAAUUUUUGCUAGCAGUUCGUAGUGUGGAAGAGCUAACAUUGUUAUCUGACGUCGUUCAGGUUUGGUUAUUUAUUCCUUUAAACUACUUCGUCUAA